ACAGGUGGGCCUGGCGGCCGUGGGCGUGAAAAAAAGUCAGCGUCGGCUAGUGAUGGCGGAACGAGGCGGAGGUGGCGGAGGUGGUAGCGGCGGCCCUGGCCCUGGCGGCGGCGGCGAAGGAGAUGCUGGUGCAGCGGAGCGGUACAACAAUGAAAUCAGAAUGGCUCAACAACAAGCACUGAGAUUUCGUGGUCCGGCUCCUCCCCCAAACACUGUUAUGAGAGGCCCACCACCUCUUAUGCGUCCUCCACCACCAUUUGGUAUGAUGAGAGGCCCACCUCCACCACCUCGACCGCCUUUUGGACGUCCUCCAUUUGAUCCAAAUAUGCCACCGAUGCCACCACCUGGAGGAAUUCCUCCUCCUAUGGGACCUCCACAUUUACAGAGACCACCUUUUAUGCCGCCUCCUAUGCCACCCCCUCCUGGUAUGAUGUUUCCUCCAGGGAUGCCACCUGUGUCUGCUCCUGGAACACCAACUAUGCCACCUAGUGAAGAGAUAUGGGUAGAAAACAAAACUCCAGAUGGAAAGGUUUAUUAUUACAAUGCACGGACACGUGAGUCAGCAUGGACUAAACCUGAUGGAGUGAAAGUUAUUCAACAGUCUGAAUUAACCCCAAUUUUAGCUGCUCAGGCUCAAGCCCAGGCCCAGGCCCAGGCCCAGGCCCAGGCUCAGGCUCAGGCUGUAGGUGCGUCAACACCAACUACUAGUAGUCCUGCAUCAGCAGUAUCUCCAUCUACAUCAUCGAGUAGCUUGUCUUCUACAACAUCUACCACUACAACAGCAACUUCGGUUUCACAAACAGUUUCCACACCUACAACACAAGACCAGACCCCCAGCUCAGCUGUUUCAGUUGCCACACCUUCAGUCAGUGUUUCAACCUCUGCUCCUUCUGCUACACCUGUGCAGACUGUACCCCAGCCAGUCCCACAGACGCUGCCUCCUGCAGUUCCUCAUGCAGUUCCUCAGCCAACAGCAGCAAUACCUGCUUUUCCACCAGUUAUGGUACCUCCAUUUCGUGUUCCCCUUCCUGGCAUGCCUAUUCCACUUCCAGGUGUAGCAAUGAUGCAAAUAGUCAGCUGCCCGUAUGUAAAGACAGUCGCUACCACCAAGACCGGUGUCUUGCCAGGAAUGGCUCCUCCUAUUGUACCUAUGAUCCAUCCUCAGGUUGCUAUUGCCGCUUCACCUGCUGCAUUGGCUGGAGCAACAGCAGUCUCUGAAUGGACAGAGUACAAAACAGCUGAUGGGAAGACAUACUACUAUAAUAAUAGGACCUUAGAAUCAACAUGGGAGAAACCUCAAGAACUGAAAGAGAAAGAAAAAGUAGAAGAAAAGAUGAAAGAUAACAUUAAAGAACCUGUUGAAGAUCCUUUGCCUAUGGAAACAGAAGAGGAAGAACCCAAAAUUGAACCCAUCAAGGAACUUAUAAAGGAGGAGCCCAAAGAAGAAGAAAUGACUGAAGAAGAGAAAGCUGCUCAGAAAGCAAAACCUGUUGCUACUACACCUAUACCUGGUACUCCUUGGUGUGUGGUAUGGACAGGUGAUGAACGGGUUUUCUUUUAUAACCCUACCACUAGACUAUCAAUGUGGGAUCGACCAGAUGAUUUAAUAGGAAGAGCAGAUGUGGAUAAAAUUAUUCAGGAACCUCCCCAUAAAAAAGGAAUGGAUGAAGGAAAAAAACUGAUGAAAGAUGAGCAUGAAAUGUUAGAAGAAGCCAAUGAUGAUGAGCCUAUUAAAACAAAGAAGCGGAAGAAAGAAGAUAACAAAGACAUGGAUUCGGAAAAAGAGGCUGCCAUGGAGGCAGAAAUUAAAGCUGCUCGAGAAAGAGCCAUUGUACCUCUCGAGGCUCGAAUGAAACAGUUCAAAGACAUGCUCCUGGAAAGAGGGGUUUCUGCUUUUUCUACAUGGGAAAAAGAGCUGCACAAAAUUGUUUUUGAUCCCCGGUACCUCCUCCUUAACCCCAAGGAAAGGAAACAGGUAUUUGACCAGUAUGUAAAAACCAGGGCAGAAGAAGAACGCAAAGAAAAGAAAAAUAAAAUAAUGCAGGCCAAAGAAGAUUUCAAGAAAAUGAUGGAAGAAGCAAAGAUUAAUCCUAGAACUACUUUUAGUGAAUUUGCAGCCAAGCAUGCUAAAGAUUCACGUUUCAAAGCAAUUGAAAAAAUGAAAGACCGAGAGGCCUUGUUUAAUGAAUUUAUCACAGCAGCAAGAAAGAAAGAAAAAGAAGAUUCGAAGACCAGAGGAGAGAAGAUUAAAAUGGACUUCUUUGAACUGUUAUCUAAUCACCACUUGGAUAGUCAGUCUCGCUGGAGUAAAGUGAAGGACAAAGUAGAGACUGACCCUCGCUACAAAGCCGUGGAUAGCUCUUCGCAAAGGGAGGAUCUUUUUAAGCAAUAUAUUGAAAAAAUAGCCAAAAAUGUAGACUCUGAAAAAGAAAAAGAACUGGAAAGACAAGCACGAAUUGAGGCAAGCUUGCGUGAACGAGAGAGAGAAGUUCAAAAAGCUCGUUCAGAGCAGACAAAAGAGAUUGAUAGAGAACGAGAACAGCACAAACGGGAAGAGGCGAUCCAGAAUUUCAAAGCACUCUUAUCUGAUAUGGUACGAUCUUCAGAUGUGUCAUGGUCUGAUACGAGGAGGACACUCCGAAAAGAUCAUCGUUGGGAAUCUGGCUCCCUUUUGGAAAGAGAAGAGAAGGAAAAACUUUUUAAUGAACACAUUGAGGCACUUACAAAGAAGAAAAAAGAACAUUUCCGGCAACUUCUAGAUGAAACUUCAUCAAUUACCUUAACAUCAACAUGGAAAGAAGUAAAGAAGAUAAUUAAAGAAGAUCCGAGAUGCAUUAAAUUCUCUUCCAGUGACAGAAAAAAGCAAAGGGAGUUUGAAGAAUAUAUCAGAGACAAAUAUAUUACAGCCAAAGCUGAUUUCAGAACACUUUUGAAAGAGACCAAAUUUAUAACAUACAGAUCCAAAAAGUUAAUCCAGGAAUCUGACCAACACCUGAAAGAUAUAGAAAAGAUAUUACAGAAUGACAAACGUUAUCUGGUACUAGACUGUGUGCCAGAGGAAAGGCGAAAACUCAUCGUAUCCUAUGUUGAUGACUUAGAUCGCAGAGGUCCCCCUCCACCUCCUACAGCUUCAGAACCUACAAGGCGAACAACAAAAUAAUUAUAAAAUAUUCUUGAGCAAAAGAUUUAUGUUAAAUCAAGAAAAUUGCAUGAGCCAUCUGUCAGGUCUAAUCAUAUGCAUUACCAUGAACCUAUUGCAAAACCAUCCAGGAAGCAACAUUUAUGAACAUUAAGCAGUCUCUGUACAGAGAGAAUAUUUGCAUUAUUUAUGCUUUUUCUCUUUGUUGCAUGACUGACAAAUAUUCUAACCAUGCAACUAUUUCCAGUGAUUUUUCAAUCCUAGAACAAUACAAUAUCUAUGUACAAGGCUUGGAUAUUGGUAGCAUUUGGAAGUGUUCUUCCUGACAGUGUUACAUGUCAAAGCCAUGGGAAGAUUGACAUAUGACUUGAAGUUGAGAACUGUAAAAAUACCCCACAUGUCCUAACAGGAGAGCUAAGGUAAUGCACUCUGUGGAUUAAUCUAUUGAGUGCAGAAGACCAUAGAGAGAUAAUGCCCUUUGGUGAACCUAGAAAGAUAGGGCCUAAUCUUUUACUCGUGUGAUUUUUCCUGCAUAAAUCAGGACUAACUUCAUUAAUGUCCAAUCCAGCAUGAGAGGAAAAUAAAAGUGCAACCACCAAAUUAUAUAAACACAAUUUGAUCUAGUUAACAAACCUGCCUUGAGGGCUGCUCUCUCUCCUGUCCACCUUUCCCUUCCUCCACCCCCCAUCCCUGGUUAGGCACAAUCAAGUGGCUUUGCCUGGUAGUUUGGUAAUGUUUUGCUUUGAAAUGAAAAUACAGGGGUAAAAAAGUUGCCAGGACAGCAUGGUUGUACAAAAACAUUUUUAUUUACUAUUAAAAUGUCUUCUUAUCUGCUUUGGAUUAGCAUAUGGAUUUUUUUUUCUGGUUAUUUCUUGUAAACUAUGUUUCUGUUUUGAAUGUUAAACUUGUGUUUCUAUAGUUUAAUUUUGAAAUGUUGGGAUUGUUCAGUUUAUGUAUUUGAACGACAAUAAACCAACCCUUUUUAUAUAUGCAUUGUACAUAUUAGUAAUUGUGUGUUACAUUCUAAAGAUAUAAUUAUAUAAUCAUCUGAAAUUCCAUUAAAAAUGGAGGAAAUCAGUUAUAUUUGAAA